GCAGCAGGAGAAAAGAAAGUCGAAACAACGAGAAAUAUGAAGACUUCUGCGAAAGACUCCACUCACGAAUCAAUCUCUGCGGCACAGGCAUUUUUUGUCCACCUGAGCUGUGGAUUAAUCUUAGCCGCUGGUUUCUGGGUUGCCCACAACAUCUAUUCUAUCAAUCUCGUCUCUCAUACCACUCUUACUCUUCGCCUGAUCUGGAUUGUUGCGUUUCCAGUCGUGGUUCUUUUUUACAGUUUAUUUCGACGGAAUCCGGAACAAUGCUCGUACUGGAAAUCUGUAGGACGAGGCAUACUGGGUCUUCCUAUUGGAGCCUUGCUAAAUGCUUUGGGAGCAGUAGCUUUGGGUGCACCUGUUGGCUUGCAGUAUCUACCAAAGACCAUUAAUUGGUCUCUUCUAAUGUCAUUGUUCACUUUUGUGCCUGCAUCUUCUGUCUAUGGUUCUUCUCGGGCAGAUUGGCAUCAUACACUUAUAGAGACAAAGCCAAAUGGAUCUAUAGAUUAUAUGAUCUGUCUACCAGCAUAUGGUGCUAUUAUUGGAGCAUGGUUUGGGGCUUGGCCAAUGCCACUGGACUGGGAAAGACCGUGGCAGCAAUGGCCUAUAUGCGUGACGUAUGGAGCCAUGGUCGGUUACACAGUUGCGAUGGUGGCAUCCUUCUACUUGGUGCUUAUCCAUCAUAGACGAGAGCGUGAAAAAGCAGAAUAGCCAACCACCAUGAAUGUUGCUCUGAGUUUUCAUUAAUUUCUUUCUUUCUUUCUUCUUCUUCUUUACAAGGUUUAUGGAUUCAUUUUCUUAUCUUGUAUGAAGUGUGUAAAGUAAUCUCUUCAUAAAUGGGAGAAAAGUUUUUUGAGUAA